AGUUUGAAUAGUGUGCCGUUGGUUUAGACAUUAGUAAAUUUAAGUAUUAUCAAACUUUUAGGUAAGAACAUUAUCUAUGCUGAAGUGACGGCGGAUUCUCAAUAUUUUCCUUUUCGAGCAAGAUACGAGUAUGUGAAAUAACACAAAUUAAAAAUGCAUCUAAAUAAUCAAAGUGGAAUUAUUGUAUUGUAAAGUACCUACCGACACAUGAACAGAUGAUGUUCAUACCACUAAUAGAAUGGAAAAAAAUGUUCACAAUAAAAGAAGAUUCCGUUUCCGUACAAAGAUUAUGCUUCAUGAGGUCCAAAAAUGCAAGAAAGAAAAAGAAAAGAAAAAUGCUAUUACUUCUUCAUCCAUUAUUUCAAAUGAUUCAAAAAAUGAUGGAGUCAAUACAAUAAUACUUAAAAGAAAAAGAAGGAGAGGUAAAAAAAAGAAACAAAAAAAUGGAAAUUCAAAAAGUGAUAAACCUAAAUUUAAUUCACAAAAACAUCGUAAUAUCCAAACAAACGAGAAAAAUUCCUUUGGUUUAAAUAAACAGUUAGUAGAUACUAGUACCAAUAUCAUCAUUAGUUUAGCGAAUGACAAACUGAAUUCAUCAAUAUUAAGACCACAAGUAAAAAUAAUUAAAAAGAAAAUGGAUAAAAAGCCUAAGAGUCAUAAUACAAAUAUUUUGGAAAAUAAUAAUGUGGUAUGUACAGAUAAGUGUCAAAUAAAAGAGUGCUUAGAAUUUCUUUUAAAUUGCCAUGACCACCAAAAAAAAACUUACAAGGAUAAAAAAUCCAAGCAAAAAAAGAAAAAUAAGAGAAAUUCUAAGAUGGUAGUACAAGAAAAAACUGAAGUAUCUAAUGAAGUAAUAAGACAUAAAUAUUCUAAAAUUAAUGAAUACUUGGAAAAAAAUGCAUUUGAAAGUCAUUCAAAGGAGAUAUACUAUGAUGAUCAUUAUUCAAAUUGUGGUAUGCAGACUCCUAGGGGCAAUGAGAAAAAUCCAUUAUUAUUAAAAAAAUUAUUUAAAAAUAAAAAGAAGAAAAAGAAAAAAGUUUUUAAGGAUGUGACCCAGAAAGAAAUAAUUCCUCCAAAGAAAGAUACAAUAGAACGACAACAAUCAAUCACAACCAGUGAAAAAAAGUUUCCAGACAAUGAUAUCACUACAGAUUGUAAAAACUAUGACCGUUACAUCUUCAAAAAAUAUUUUGAAUUUCUCUCUGCUCAUACCGUCAAUGAUAAAGAUGCUACUAUGAUUACCCCAUAUUCUAGUUCAAAAACCUUAAUAGCCAGCGAUGAUGAUCCAUUUUUAUCUAAUAAAUCAUUAAAAAAGAAAGAAAAAAGGAAAGCUUCUAAGGUCAUGACUUCAGAAAUAAUGAUACCGAAAAAAUCAAAGAAAAGUAAACGACAAGCUACAUUAGUUAAUGAAUAUUCGGGUAAGGAUGCCCCCUUAAUAGCGUCAAUGGAUAAGAAAACAUACAACAGUGAUGGAUACGUGUAUGAAGGCAGUGGAAAGAAUUAUAAAUUCUUCUGUGCUCAAGGUGAUAACAUGGCAAGAGCAGACAUCAACAUUGACCCAGAUGCGGAUACUAUUAAGACCACUUAUUUUUCAAAAAGUUUAAAAGAUAACAAAGAGAAUACAUUAUUAAGUAAAACAUUGGUCAAAAAACUAAAGAAGCAAAAGAGAAAACAUGUAACGGUGGCGACCAGAGAAGAAAUAGGGCCACUGAAGAAUGAUGCGAUGGAACAAAAACGACCGAUUACUGAGUGUAACAAGUAUUUAGAAAAUGAUAUCGUAAAGAAACCGUUGCACACCCCCGAAAUGGGUGACACAUCAAUGACACAUCACUUCAAUGAUUACGAGCCUGUCGUUGUUGAAAAGUCUUUUGAACUUUUCUCUGUUCGGGAUGAACACCAAACGAAGGAUCAAACCGUCGGUAACGAGGGGACGUCGUAUGUGAUUAAUAAUACAAACAUUAAAUCUUCCAAUGUACAAUCAUCAUGCGCACCAGAAUCUACACGAACUGGAAAAAGUUUUAUCGAGUGUGAUAUUUGUUCAAAAACGUUUAUUAGUAAAUAUAAAUUGUCCAUACAUUAUAGAACGCACACCGGUGAAAAACCUUACGAAUGUGACAUUUGUAGCCGGUGUUUUACUGAACGAUCAACUUUGGUUUCACAUUAUAGAACGCACACCGGUAAAAAACCUUAGAAUUGUGACAUUUGUAGCCGGUGUUUUACACAAAGAUCAAAUUUAGUUUCACAUUAUAGAACGCACACCGGUAAAAAAUCUUAAACGUGUCGCCUAUGUAGCGUUUCGUUUUCCGUAAAAAGUUCAUUGGUCUCGCAUUACAGAAUGCACUCCGGUGAAAACUUACAAAUGUGACGAAAUUUCAUUUUCGCAGAGGAGUUGUUUUUAUCAUGCACCGAUCAUUGAAGACAUAUGCGGCUGAUCCACUUAGACAGCUGUUUUUAAGUACCCAUAUUAUGUAGGUAUAUAUUUUUUCGUUUAAUAAAGGAUUCCAUAACAAAUAUUUUCUACUCGAGAUUGAGUGUGUUUCAAAAUAAAUAUAUAGAAA